UAAGACAAAAGACUCAAGACUUGCUUUUUUAGAAUGAAUGAUUAGUUGAUGGUGUCGGUAUAGUAGCGCUAGCAAUCGUCUUUGCAGCAGUGGAUCGUGAAUGAAGAUUCUCUUGUUUCUUUAGAGAUUCGAGCAAUGAAAUUCAACUCUGAAGGUGAUCAUAUAUAUGUUUUUGGUGUAACGCAACUGUCGUAGAUUUCACCGUCUCUUGCUUGUAAAGUCAUCGAUCAACACUUGUUUCUCACCAAUCUCUGCAUAUAACUCAAUUCCUUGAAUCUUCUGCAAGAGAGGUUAAAGAAAGUUGCAUUUAGUGGAGCAAAUUGAUGGAAUGCCUUUACGGUUUUGCAUCUUCUAUUUCAAGAGAUUUAGUGUGCGGAGCAAUAAAUCAAUUACGUUAUCCUUGUUAUUUUAACAAUUUGAUUGAAGAGCUUGAGAAAGAAGAGGGCAAUUUGAUUGUAACGAGAAAUGAUGUCCAAAAAUUUGUUGCACAUGCCAAUAACCAAACGAGAACGACUGCUGAAGUUGUUAACCACUGGCUACAGGAUGCUGAGAAUGACAUAGACAAUGUGAAUCAGUUGCUGAAAGAGGCAAGAACAAAAAAAAGUUGUUGUUUUGGGCACUCUCCAAAUUGGAUUUGGCGAUACUGUGUAGGAAAGAAGUUAGCAAAUAAAACUAGGGACCUUGAAAAGCGCAUUCAAAGAGGUAGACCAUAUAUUCAAAUUGAACGCAAUACUACACUUCCUUCUAGCACACUUGAUAUUCUCUCGGAAAAAUGUAUGAAUUUUGACAGUAGAGAAUCUUCUUAUGAGAAACUAAUGGAAGCACUGAAAGAUAAUGAGGUUGCCAUGAUUGGUUUGUAUGGGAUGGGGGGUUGUGGUAAAACCACGUUAGGAAUGGAAGUAACGAAGAUAGCAAAAGCAGAGGAUCUUUUUGACAAAGUGCUUUUUGUGCCUGUGUCUAGUACAGUAGAUGUUCCAAGGAUCCAAGAAAAAAUUGCUAGUUCGAUGGGGUAUGGGUUUCCAGAAAAUGAAAAGGGAGAAAGGGAGAGAGCCCAGCGCUUAUGCAUGAGAUUAACCCAAGAAAAUAAGCUACUAGUGAUUUUGGAUGAUGUGUGGGAGAAGCUUGAUUUUGGUGCCAUAGGGAUUCCCUUCUUUGAACACCAUAAAGGUUGCAAGGUUCUCAUUACCACUAGAUCAGAAGCAGUUUGUACUUCAAUGGAUUGCCAAAGAAUGAUUCACUUGCCAAUCUUAACUAGUGAAGAAGCGUGGGCUCUUUUCCAAGAGAAAGCACUUAUAACAGAAGGCACCCCUGAUACCGUAAAACAUUUGGCAAGAUUAAUUUCAAAUGAAUGUAAAGGACUGCCAGUUGCCAUUGCAGCUGUUGCUAGCACUUUGAAAGGCAAGGCUGAAGUGGAAUGGAGGGUUGCAUUGGGUAGAUUAAAAAGUUCUAAGCCGAUGAAUAUUGAAAAAGGUUUGCAAGAUCCCUACAAAUGCUUGCAAUUGAGCUACGAUAAUUUGGAUAGUGAAGAAGCCAAAUCACUUUUCUUGUUGUGUUCUGUAUUCCCUGAAGAUUAUGAAAUUCCAACUGAACUUUUAACAAGAUGCGCAAUAGGGUUAGGCGUAGUUGGAGAAGUUCGCUCAUAUGAAGAGGCAAGGAGUGAAGUGAUUGCGGCCAAAAUUAAGCUCAUGAGUUCUUGUUUAUUGUUGAAUGCAUUUCAUGAACGUGUCAAAAUGCACGAUUUUCAUCGCAAUGUAGCCCACUUGAUAGCAAAGAAUGAGGAUAAGGUCAUUAAGUGCGAAUUGGAGAAGGAUGCGACUUUGGAGCAAAUUUCAGUAAGAUAUCUAUGGUGUGUGAAAUUUCCAAAUGAUUUGGACUGUUCCAGUCUUGAGUUUCUUUGCAUAAAAACAAAAUUGGAAAUAUCAGAUCAAAUUUUCAGAAGAAUGGAAAAUCUUAGAGUUAUGUAUCUUGACAAUGGAGGGUGGCACAAACUACCAUUGUCAACAAUGACAUUUAAAACAUUGAAAAAUCUUCGUUGUCUAAUCCUUAGCAAUUGGGUAUUAAGUGACAUCUCAUUUAUAAGUGAUAUGAAGAAACUUGAGUGCCUUGCAUUGUCUGAUUGUUAUUUGCCUUCAUUCCUUGAAUUACAAAAUGAUGGUGUAGUUGCACAACUAACCAACUUGAAAUCGUUAAUGUUAUAUAAAUGUGACAUGGAGACGAAUAAUUUUGAUGUGGUCAGAAGAAUCCCACGGCUAGAAGAAUUGUGCAUCAUUAAUAGACAGCAAGAAUGGGAUGUUUACAAUGAAAACACCAUUAAAUUCUCUAACACGUUUAGUGUCCCCCAAGAACUGCAAUGGUAUACAAUAAAAUUAGGAAGCCUACGCCAAGAUGAUGAAGAUGAUGAUGCAAAUUUUAUCUCCCAUAAAAGAACUCUAUUGCUUAGCUGUUUUCACAUAUCAAAUAAGGCGAUUAAGGAUUUGGCAAAAAAAGCAAAGGUUCUAUCCAUAGCAAAUACUCAGGGAGGUGCAAAAAAUAUAAUCCCUGAUAUAUUUCAAUUGGAAAAAGGAGAUAUUCAUGAGUUGAAUAAGCUCGAGAUAUGUAAUUCUAAGGAGAUAGAGUGUUUGGUUGACACUAGCAAUCAUUUGAGUGAGGUGGGAAUUCUCUUCUCCGAGUUGCUUAAGCUGAAAAUAUGCAAGAUGGAUCAAUUAAGAGUUUUAUGGCAUGGUUGUAUACCUCCUAGUGGCCCUUUUGAGAAAUUAGAGAAGCUACAUUUAAGUAAUUGUGCACAGUUGACAUCUUUCUUCACGCAUGCUAUUGUCCAAAGUCAUGUGCAAUCCACAAUCUUCCAAAAUCUUCAAGAAGUGAUUAUAAGUGGAUGUAGAGAAUUAAAGUAUGUCUUCUCAGCCAAUACUGUUCGAGGCCUACCUCAACUGAAAGUGUUGAAGAUAAAAGAUUGCAAUCAACUAGAUCAAAUAGUUGAGGAUAUUGUCCCAUCAACACCUGAUAUGAAUUAUCCACUUGCACACCAGGAUCAAAAACAAGAAUUAGAUGAAAUCAUUCAAGAUGAGCAACAUCAACAGUUUUUGAAUCCUCAUUUUGAACCUAAUCAAUUGGAAAUUUUCCCAGAAAGUACUGCAAUUCCAGGAUCGUUUACUCUAUCCAGCCUUACAACCCUUGAACUAAGAUCAUGUCCGACAUUGGGCUCAUUGUUUACGGCAUCCACGGCUAAAACCUUGACUUCAUUGGAAGAGGUCAUAAAAAUCAAAAGGAAAACCUCGUUGAGGAUGAUCGUGAAUUUCAGAGUGAUAUUUCAAUGUUCUUAGGUUUGAAACGGCUAUCC